GAACGCAUGGAUUAAUGUUUUAGAUCAAUCUGUACAUAUGCGAAUGUACAGUUACACAUACACAGUCAUUCCCGAUUUUGAUCGGCAUCGGAUUAGGUCAAAUUAUCGCAGGCCAGAAAAAAAUGCCAACAAUUGUCAUAGUAAAGAGGCUACGGGUACGGAAUGUUGACCCUUAGUCCAUAGCGGUCAUUCUCCAGCGACACCGAGUUCUUUAGGAGGAAACCGCUGGUAUUGACCGUUUAGUUCCGGAGACAUGCAGCUGGCUUGAUUCUUUUGCUGGUGGUUGUGUUGCUGUUUGACACACUUGGUUCAUUUCCAAUACAUUAUUACGCAACAGGAUCCCCAUGUCAAGUUAAAUACAUUUCAUGAUACGGCCCACACGCUGAGACACAUUUUGCUAUAAGGGAAUUACAAUAGAUCUGACUGAACGCGGGUGUGAGAUGAACGCGUACGCGCGGCUCGUUCUGCUGACCGGUUUUUGCGCGCUAUGGAUAACCGGUAGUGGCGCAGUCAGGUACAAAUUUCCACCGGGUGAGGACGGCAACUACACCAGCUGCGGAGUAACGACAUCGCUGAGGGCAUCCAGCUCCGAUCCUAACGCGCAGAGUCCGAGCAGCACUAUCCUCAUAUCCAGUUCCAUUGAUCCAAACGUUGAAUAUCUGUGUUCGGCCGGUUACGGUUACGACAUCACAGGAAUCUACUGCUACUCCCUAAAAUGCCCGGCAUACGGUUAUGACCAACGCACUCCGUAUCCCAAUCCGUACGCCCCGCCCCAGCCUGGUUACGGUCCCCAAAAAGGCCCUUAUCAGCCCGCUUAUCAAGCUGUCACUGUCGGUGCGCAAAUUGCUUCAGUAGAAACUACAUAUCCGUGCUGGAAAAUACGGCAACUCCGACUGAACACCUACGUCUACAUCGUCUGCUUCAUCCGCGGCUACGCAUCCACCAUAUACCAGGUGAACUUCAAGGAGAACUACCAGAUCACCUUUGACCAGGUAGAAUCCAUCUUCAACACCGGUCUCAGCGGCGUGGGACGUGUGGGCUUCACCACGGAAAAGGAGCUCUCCUGCCUCGUCACCGUCUUCUCCAGCUACCACACCGCUUUCCGCUACGACCAGAUCCGCGAGCCCUCCGACAUACUCCCGCCGAUCUACCACAUCUGCCCCAACAACUACAAAUGGUACUACUGCGGCAAUCUGCCAGUGACCUCCACGGUGGACGCCUCCAUGUGGCUGGUGCACAAGACACCGCAAGCCUUUUUGGUGGCCAAACAAGGUGUUGACUCCGCACCGGUGCCGGGCGUCAUCACUGUGAACCGCGAUUCGCCGACGGGAAAUUAUUCCGUGGAAAAAUGCACAACCCCCAUUGUGCAUUUCUCCAUUAAUCCCGAUGUGGAGGAGUACGUCUGCAGGAAUAAGCUGAUUGAGACAAUCACAAAUAUCGGCUGCUCGAAUACCGACGGAAGUUACGCGCCCAUUUAUCCAUUAUGCGGUAUCAACAAGGCAAAUGUUAUUUAUGCCGGAAACAUGACCUUCAUGUGCGCUUCGGUUAAUGUCCUGCACUGCUGCAAUUAUACCGUCGUGGAAGGCCAACCCAGAUACUCCUCCUUCUGCAUGUUGUACGAUACCAGCGCUAACCAGUUGCGACAAGACAAAGUGGUCUUCCUCCGCGGCUCAGACCAGGCUUCCGAUCUACAGUAUGUGCGAGGUCACAGUGACGCAUGCCAGUACAUUUUUGUGACCAGUCCGACCAAGUCAUUGCGAGCCUACUGCUUGUCCAGUCUCGUGGCGGCCAUGAACAACGUCUCCACCUGCGGCGACUACACGCCGGGCGAGAUCAACCCAACGGAAAUUGGAAAGGAGUCCCAUUAUUACGGGGCCGAGUCUUGUAGCUACAAAUCCAAGUGCUGUGGAUCAUCGUCAACAUGCGUGGCGUGCACGCGACCGGCCAAAUUUUAUGACAAAUAUCUAUCGGAACUGUCAUGCGGCUCCGACAAAAAGAACAACUACGACGACUCAGGUGACUAUCCCAGUCCUCCAGCGCGCAACCCGUACGGACAAAGUCCGCAGCCUUACGGCCGUCCCGGUAAUUACACCCAGUACGGACCACCGCCCCAGUACGGUGGGGGCCAGUAUGGACCACCUCUUCCUCCUCAGUACGGACCUCCUGGUUACCCAGGCCUGCCGCCGCCCGGCAACUACGCCAUGCCUUACCAAGCUCAGUAUCCUCCAUAUGGCGCCGGACCACAUUAUCCGGGUUAAACGCAAAACUGUCUCAUUAGUGAUACUGGGAAGCUGUCCAUUCUUUGUGGGAAAAAAACAGUGCAAAAAUUGUUUUUCUACUCUUUCUCGAUGAUUCUCGUUAUAUUAUUAAGUUUUGUUUAAGCGCAAUCUGUAAAGUUGUGAAUGACCGAGUACUUAAUCGAAUGCAGUAGUGUCUGAAUUUAUUUAUAAAUAAUUCUCU